AAAAGUGAUUACCCAAAAAUAACGAUCGCUAAUCAAAAUCAAAAUUAACUAAUAAAAGUGACAACCAAAAAAAAUCUGGUCUUCAAAUUACUAUCACAAAACAAAAUAAGAUUGACUAAUAAAACCCCAAUAAAGUGACAACCCCAAAAACAACUUAUAAAACAAAAAAUAACCAUCACUACUAAAUGCAAUAAACAACCAAAAAAAAAAUGGAUCCAGAAACUCGAAGCGAAUCCCCAUCGGACACGAAUCGCCAUGAACAGUCGUCUAAAACAUCAUUUUUAAUCGAAGAUAUUUUAUACCGGAGCCAUGAUAGUAGAAACUUCAAAACGCCCGAACAGAGAAGAUUUGACUACGAUAGAGACCCGAAACCGUUCUUUCCAGUACCGGGGGAAAUGAGACCCCAUGUGCCUGGUAGAGAAGGAUCCUAUCUUCAAGUCGCUAUGGGUGCUUUGGGAGCUUAUUUGCAUACUCCUAAUACGUAUAAGGCUGUGGAAACACCUUAUUUUCUUUCACAAGGAGUCCCAUACCACGCGUUAUUUACACCUUCAGAGUUAUCUCUAUCAGCACUGAAACAUUGUCGGCGGAGGAAAGCUAGAACGGUGUUCUCGGAUCCACAAUUAACUGGUCUAGAAAAACGCUUCGAAUCCCAGCGGUACCUCUCAACUCCUGAGCGCGUGGAGUUAGCUGGUGCCCUCAACCUGUCGGAGACGCAGGUGAAGACCUGGUUCCAGAACCGACGGAUGAAGCACAAGAAGCAGAUGAGGAAACAGCAGCAGCAACGAGGAGCGACGGCGGUCGAUUUCACCACGAAACAUUCAGCAACGCACUCGGACAGUCGGAAGGCGGAUAACUCAAGAAUAUCGACAGAUUCGGACACGGAACAUAGUGACAGCGACAUCGAUAUUGUCGGCGAAUCGACUUACGCACAACACUACUCUUCUAAUAACACGUAA